UUUAACUUUCCGCCGCGCCGCCGCGUUCGCCUUUGCCCAACAGCUGCCCCACGCCACCCGCCGAAUUAAUUGUUAAGAACAUUUUUCGACACUCAUUUGUAUGCUGAGGAGGCCGUGCGGUGCCUAACAUUAUAAACGAAUACGAAUAUCUACACAGUUUGUAAGCAGUGCAAGUGUUGUUGUGCGAUCGCUUUUUGUGGCUGUGUCGCCGUUGACGCCGCUGCUGCCGCUGCUGCCAUUGCCGGGUCAAGCUAACGGUACCCGCAUCGAAAAAGAAAUUCAAACAGUCCCACAACUCUGCCCAAUAUGGAGACGGGUUUGCAUGAACGCGAUCGUGCUGGCGUCCAGGACUUUGUGCUGCUCGAAAACUACCAGAGCGAAGAUGCCUUCAUUGACAACCUGAAGAAGCGUUUCCAGGAGAACCUCAUCUAUACGUACAUUGGCCAGGUGCUGAUCUCUGUGAAUCCCUACAAGCAGCUGCCCAUCUACUCCGAUGCCCACAUCAAGGAGUACAAGAACAAGCACUUCUAUGAGAUGCCGCCACAUGUUUUUGCUGUGACAGACAACGCCUUCCGUUCUCUGAUCGAAGAGAAUCGCGGCCAGUGCGUGCUCAUCUCGGGGGAGAGUGGUUCCGGCAAGACGGAGGCCUCCAAGAAGGUCCUGCAGUACAUUGCCGCCUGCUCCGGCCACCAGUCGACCGUCGAGGGGGUGAAGGAUAAGCUCUUGAAGAGCAAUCCCGUGCUGGAGGCCUUCGGCAAUGCCAAAACCAAUCGCAAUGACAACUCCUCGCGCUUUGGCAAGUACAUGGACAUCCAAUUCGACUACAAGGGCGCCCCCAUUGGUGGCAACAUCUUGAAUUAUCUGCUGGAAAAGUCCCGCGUGGUGGCCCAAAUGGGGGGCGAACGCAAUUUCCACAUCUUCUACCAGCUGCUGGCCGGCGGUGAUGAUGCUUUGCUAACGGAACUGCGCCUGGAGAGGGCUUUGGACAGCUAUAAAUACCUCAGCGAUGGGCUUAAGGGAAACCUCUCGAGCAUCGAUGAUGCACAGAACUUCAAGCAGGUCCAACAGGCAUUGAGUGUCAUCGAUUUCACCGCCGAUGAGCAGCGCGAGAUCUUUGGCAUUGUGGCCAGCAUUUUGCAUUUGGGUAACGUCAACUUUGAGGAGACCGAGGGCAAUGCCCAGGUCGUUAGUCGCGAUCUGGUGGUCACUGUGGCUCGCCUGCUGGGCGUAAAUGCCAGCGAAUUGAGUGCCGCUCUGACGCACCGCACCAUUGAUGCCCGCGGGGACGUGGUCACGUCUCCGCUGAACCAAGAGCUGGCUGUCUAUGCCAAGGAUGCCCUUGCAAAGGCCGUCUACGAUCGCCUGUUCUCGUGGCUUGUGCAGCGCCUGAACAUCUCGCUCCAGGCAAGGGAGACCCGCGGCGCCAGGAACAAUGUCAUGGGCAUCCUGGACAUAUACGGCUUCGAGAUCUUCAACAAGAACAACUUUGAGCAGUUCUGCAUUAACUUUUGCAACGAGAAGCUGCAGCAGUUGUUCAUCGAGCUGACGUUGAAGUCCGAACAGGACGAGUACCGUCGCGAGGGCAUCGAAUGGAUUCCCGUGGAAUAUUUCGACAACAAAGUGAUCUGCAAUCUGAUUGAGGAGAAGCACAAGGGUAUCAUUUCCAUCCUGGACGAAGAGUGCCUGCGCCCUGGGGAGCCCACAGACAUCACGUUCCUGCAGAAGCUGACGAACAAACUGUCGGAGCACCACCAUUACGUGUGCCACGAGAAGGCGCCCACACACAUCCAGAAGAUCAUGCUGCGCGACGAGUUCCGUCUGGUGCACUAUGCCGGCGAGGUGACCUACAGUGUCAUUGGAUUCCUCGACAAGAACAACGAUCUGCUGUUCCGCGAUCUCAAGGAGACGCUCAGCAAGGCGGGCAACAAGAUUGUGCGCUCGUGCUUCCCCGAGCAAGAGCUGCGCAGCAAGAAGCGCCCCGAGACGGCCAUCACGCAGUUCCGCACAUCGCUGAACAACCUCAUGGACAUCCUGAUGUGCAAGGAGCCCUCCUACAUCCGCUGCAUCAAGCCAAAUGACCUGCAGUCGCCCGGCGUGUUCAACGAUCAGCUGGUCCUGCAUCAGGUCAAGUAUCUGGGGCUCAUGGAGAACCUGCGCGUGCGUCGCGCUGGCUUCGCCUAUCGCCGUGCCUACGAUCUGUUCCUGGAGCGCUACAAGUGCCUCAGCAAGUCCACGUGGCCGAAUUACAAGGGGGCCGGCGGCCCCAAGGCCGGCGUCCAGCAGCUGGUCAAGGAUCUGGGCUACGACAACGAGCAGUACAAGAUGGGCGAGACGAAGCUCUUCAUCCGCUGGCCGCGCACUCUGUUCGACACGGAGGAUGCAUAUCAGGCGAAGAAGCACGACAUUGCGGCCAUCAUUCAGGCCCACUGGAAGGGUCUGGUGCAGCGGCGCAAGUAUCUGAAGCUGCGCGAACAGGUGAUCGUCCUGCAGAGCUACUGCCGCCGGCGUCUCGCCCAGCAGGCGGCCAAGCAGCGCCGCGAGGCAGCGGACAAGAUCAGGGCCUUCAUCAAGGGCUUUAUCACCCGCAGUGAUCCGCCGAACGGCUUCAACGAGGACUUUAUUGCCAAUGCCAAGCGUAUGUGGCUCUUGCGACUGCGCAAGGAGCUGCCCAAGAAGGUGCUGGACAAGAGCUGGCCCUCGGCUCCGGCCCACUGCCAGGAGGCCUCCGAGUUUCUACAUCGCCUGCAUCGCCUUCACUUGGCGCGCAUCUACCGCCUCGCCCUCACGCCCCAGCGCAAGCGUCAGUUCGAGCUGAAGUUUCUCGCCGAAAAGGUCUUCAAAGGAAAGAAAAACAACUAUGCGGCGAGCGUCGGCACCUGGUUCCAGGAGGAUCGCAUACCCAAGGAGCACAUUCAGCGGGUGAACGACUUUGUGGCCAGCACCUUUGGCAGCGAACAGCUCAAGUAUCAGUCGUUCUGCACGAAAUUCGAUCGGCAUGGCUACAAGUCGCGCGAACGCUUCAUUUUGCUGAGCAACAAGGCGGUGUAUGUGCUCGAUGGGAAGACGUACAAGCAGAAGCAUCGCCUGCCGCUCGACAAGAUUGACUUCACGCUGACGAACCACAACGAUGACCUGAUGGUCAUACGCAUACCCCUUGACCUGAAGAAGGACAAGGGUGAUCUGAUCCUGAUCAUCCCCCGCAUCAUCGAGUUCUGCACGUACAUCAUUGAUACUGUGGGCACGGCCCAAAUCGUAUCCAUUGUGGACAGAGAUUCAUUGGAACACAAUAAGGUCAAGGGCAAGAGCGGUAUCAUUGAGUUCCAAACGGGCGCCGAGGCCGGUGUUUUGCUUGAUAAUAAAAAGCUGGUUGUUAUUAAUACGGCAUAAGGAAUUUACUAGGACAUUCGACAAAAAAGUGGCUUUACAUCAAUGGAAAGAUGAAUUUUUUUUGUGUUAUAUUCG